GUACACACGGUGCCACACAGCUCUCUGUGCCCUCUGUGCCCUCGACGAUCGUCCGGCUCGGCUGCGUUUAAGCACGAAGUCAGACGUACGCGCACGGUCCCCGGGCUCUGUGCACCCGGCGGUCGACUACAUACGCCGGCAGCACGGCAACACACACACACACCCCCGCAACGCCGCGUCGCGUCACUGUGCUUUCACACCGGCUUCCGCGCGCACAAAGCACGCACGUUACCACCGUGCCAUUGACACUGCACGCGCGCGCGCGCGCGACAGGACCCGCCGACAUUAUAUCGUCAUAAUAACAUUGCGCGCACUGCACCAGAGUCCUCAAACCGUAUCCUCCUCCUCCUCCUCCUCCUCCUCAUCCUCAUCAUCCUCCGCCACCUCUUUUUUCAAUUUUUCGUAAUUUCAAUUUUUUUAUUUCACGAGGGCAUAAUACUACAACACACCCCCUGUGCGUGCGCGCGCGCGUGUGUGUGCGUGUGUAGCUGCUGCACCACCAGUCGUGUAAUAUAUAAUACGCGCCGCGCCGCACACCGCCGGGCGACUCCGUCAGAGACGCACGUCGUCGCUGUCGUCGCCGUCGUCGCAGUCAACCGCCAACCCCCCUCAGCCGUCGCCGCCGAUAAACGUUUAAUGCUUUUGGAUAAACUUAAUCAUUAAAUAGUAUGCAGACUACAGAAUCGUCUUCUAAAAAGUGAAUUAUUAGACCGGACAACUUCAGUUUAGAUUUAGGUGCUAUAUGGUCUUGGUGAGAGGAAUGUUUGAAGAAUGGCUCAAACGAUGCCGCGAAUCCCGCCAACUCGUAGUGGUGAUCGUAGCUAUAGCUUUACUCCUGGACAAUAUGCUUCUUACUACUGUGGUCCCAAUAAUACCGGAAUUUCUUUACGACAUCCAGCACCCCGAUCAACCACUAACUGCUACCAUUUCAUCAGCCCCGCCAAAUGAAUAUCCAGUGCCACAUGGAGCUAUGACAGGUAAUUCAACGAACGGGACAGUGCCGACCUGGGAACAACGAGAAGCGACUCUCAAAAAGGAAAGGCAUGACGAUCUGGUUCACGAAACGGUUGCAGUCGGUAUGAUGUUCGCAUCCAAAGCAGUCGUGCAGCUAAUGGUUAACCCCAUUGUCGGACCUCUCACCCACAGAAUUGGCUAUAGCAUACCGAUGUUCACUGGAUUUUUCAUCAUGUUCAUAUCGACCAUAAUAUUUGCUUUCGGACGGAGUUACGGAGUACUGUUUUUGGCUAGAGCUUUGCAAGGGAUCGGAUCGUCUUGUUCGACUGUUUCUGGAAUGGGAAUGUUAGCUGAACGGUACCCUGACGAUAAAGAACGAGGAAACGCAAUGGGUAUUGCACUGGGUGGAUUGGCUUUGGGUGUGUUAAUCGGUCCACCGUUUGGCGGAAUUAUGUACGAGUUUGUGGGGAAAACCGCUCCGUUUUUAAUACUCUCGGCCUUGGCACUAGGAGACGGAUUGCUACAACUACUGCUUUUACAACCAGGAGUAGUCACAACUGAUGCAGAUCCUCCUUCCUUAAAAUCUUUAGUCAUGGAUCCCUAUAUAAUAAUUGCUGCAGGCGCUAUUACUUUUGCUAAUACGGGAAUCGCAAUGCUUGAACCUUCUUUACCUAUAUGGAUGAUGGAUACUAUGGGUGCCGGAAGAUGGAAACAAGGAGUAACAUUUUUACCAGCGAGUAUUUCUUAUUUGAUCGGAACGAAUUUGUUUGGACCUCUCGGACAUCGUAUGGGAAGAUGGUUAGCUGCAAUGAUUGGAUUAAUCGUGAUUGGGAUUUGCUUGAUAAUAAUACCAACGGCUAGAGACAUAAAUCACUUGAUUGUACCGAACGCUGGUCUUGGUUUUGCUAUUGGUAUGGUGGAUUCGUCAAUGAUGCCUGAGCUUGGAUAUUUGGUUGAUAUACGUCAUACAGCUGUAUAUGGUAGUGUUUAUGCGAUUGGGGACGUGGCAUUUUGUUUGGGCUAUACAAUCGGACCGGCUUUAAGCGGAACAUUGGUGAACACAAUUGGAUUUGAAUGGAUGUUAUUUGGAACGGCUAUGUUGAAUUUCUUGUAUGCACCACUUCUCUACUUUCUGCGCAGCCCACCGACAAAAGAAGAAAAAAAAUCGUUGGUCACUGGAGAAAAAUCAUCGGUGCGUUAUAUAACCUAUCAAAACGAAGCGGAAGAAGAAUAA